UUCAGUAGAUGACAUAGCCGUAAUAAUUUUUAUGAUACCUGGUGGCGUGCUAUCAAUUCUCAUAGAAAAAAAAAAAAUAAAAUUGUGACUAACCAAUUCCGUCGAGACAUAUAACACAUAAAUUAUAAUAUACACGAAACCAACUAAGACGACCAGCAUUUGUCGGAAUUAAUGCCACGAUGGCUGAGAAAAGUGAUUCGAACGAUAUCCUGACAAUGGAAAAUAAACAAAAUAACAUUGAGAUUGGAGCCGAAGCUGCAGAAGCCGGAAUGUCAAAUAAUGACGUUGCUGAUAUUGAGUUUCAAGCGACUCAAGCAAUAUUUCGGCUUGAAGAAGCUGCUGAAAAUUCAACAAAUAUAUCAAGUACUGCUUGGAAUAAUUCAUCGGGAUUUCUUAUUCAUCCCAAGUCACCAGAAACAGUAUUAUCAUUGAUGCAGGACUUGAUAAUUCAUGAAGAUAUUCCACAAACUGAUGAAGAUCCAGAUGCUUCGCAGUCAAAUCAAAUAACAGCAUUGCCAACGUUAUCAGAAGCUGCCAGAGUUGCUCUGGUAACUCAUUCAGUGUCAGCAUACGCAGUAGCUUUGCCACGUUCCCAUGCACAAAGAUUAGCAGCUCGUCUAGCUGCUGAUACAACAAGAUGGCUAAGUCAUAUAUUUCACUUUGUCGACUGCGCUUCAUCUUUUCAUGAAGACCAUCUAGAAGGUUUGGUCCGAGUUACAAGACUAGCUUUACACAAAAAAUAUCCUCGGUACCUAGAAGACGGAUUCACGGCUUUAGCAUCAUCUCCGCCACUUAUUUACAGUUCUAUUGUUGCUCCUUUAGGAGUUGUUAAACAUCUCUGUCGACAGCUUUCACUACCUUUAAAUUGUAUUAGACCGAUCCCACAAAAUACAAUGUUUGGAUCACGACAAACAAUGGAUAUUUCAGCAUUGGAAAGGCGUUUAGUUGAAGACAAUAGUAUUAAUGGUGUAACGCCGCUUUUAGUUUUAGCUGAAGUCGGUACUGUUAUCACCGGUCAUUCUGAUAAUGUAUCACGACUUCGUGAAAUUUGUGACAAAUAUAAUGUUUGGUUACAUCUUCGUGGACAUUCAUUAGCUGCUCUUGCAUUAAAUAAUGCGCCGAAAGACUUGCCGUCAAAAAUAGCUGACAGUAUAACACUGCCUUUGGGUUCUUGGUUGGGUAUACCAUCAUUACCAGUAGUUACUUUAUACAGACUUACGGAUACCAAAGGAGAUAAACCAACUCAGCGUGAUACAACACUCAGUCUUGUAUCAGGUUUAAUGGCUGAAUCGUUAUCACGACGACUACCAACACUGCCUUUGUGGGCGGCUCUUCAAGUUCUUGGUCGUGAUGGAAUACAAAUGAGAAUAAAACAGUGCUUCCAAAUAAUUGAACAACUUUAUAAUAAAAUUAAAAAGUUUUCUAACAUUAAAUUUCUCAGUCAAAUACCAGGUGGUGAAAAUUGUUCUCACACAAUAAAUGAGCUGUCAAAUAAUCCAAUAAAUGGACCAAAAUUAUUUGAAAUUGUUGCCAGUGCUUUAGUGUUUCAAUACGUACCGCCAGUGAGAGAAAAUCAAACGUCUGAACGUGUUUCAAGUAAUUCAGAUAAAUUUAAUUGCUGGCUUGGACAAAUUUUACAAAGAGAUAUUGAAAGUGUUCCAGUUGAAUUGUGUGAAGUAGAACAGUAUGGUAUAGCUAUUAGAAUAUGUUGUUUAGAAAGUCCUGAUCCUCCGCCAUCGUUUGAAGAUAUUGAAAAUGUUGAAGCUUGUCUUGAACAACAAAUUGAAAUUUUAAACGCGACAGUUGAACACAAAGAAAACUUUUUACGAUUAGUUAAACAAAAUAGUUCCUUACGUUUUGUGGAUUUGCCUGGAUGGGCGGGAUUAGGAGGUGUACGAUAUGAGCCACCAACGUGGGUUCAAAUAAAGACGGAUGAAACAAAAGCUGAGCUCAAUAGAUUAAAUAAUCAAUUAGUCGAAGCUCUACGUAGUACAGAUGCUGCAUUCUCUCUUGGAGAAGGCGACGAUGGUUUAAGUUGCGUGCGCUUUGGAAUGGUAACACAAGACACUGAUCUUGCAAAAUUGAUUUCAUUGGUACUACAAUACGGAAGAGAAGUAGAAGCUAAUUCAAAAUUAUUAGACACUAUUUCUGAAGUUGUUAAAAGAGGAAUAGAAACAGCACAGACGGAUCUUGAGAGAGAAAAUGCUGAAAAAUUAUGGCAAGAAGGUAUUUUAAGGCACGUUCCCGUUGUCGGUACUUUUGUUAAUUGGUGGAGUCCACCACCCAAAGAAAGUGGAGUACGUGGUCGAAGUUUAAAUUUACAAGCUGGUGUUGUUGAAAGCACGGAAAAUAUUUACAAGUAUCAUAUGCAAUUACAACCAAACACAACGACAAGUAAUGGCUCCGGAGCACGAACACCUCCUCAGCCAUUGGUCCAAACACCAGUAGGAGUUGGAAGCCAAAGUCACAGUAGAUCUUCAAGUCAUUCGAGCUUACAAAGCAAUAAAUGUCUGCCAACAAUUGCUAAUUCAAAUGUUUUACAGUCUCAGACACUUGAUAAUAAUACGCAAGUUGCUAUUAAUAUUUAAUACUUUGACAUACUGCUCAUUGUAAAAAAAAAAAAAAAGAAAAACACAAAUAUGAACAAAAACAAAUAAAAAAUACACUUUCGUGUAAAAAAAAUUUGUUCCAAAUAGAUUCCAAAAAAAUUUAACGCAUGGAACUUCUGAAAUUAAGACAGAUUAGAACUUUUGUAAUUUUUAUUUUAAAAAAAAAUUUAUCUAGGAUUUAUUUGAACAAAUUUUGAAUAAAAAAAGCACGUUUUUGAAAAGUAUUUUUAUUAAAUUUUACCCUCGUUUCCAAAAAGUUAAAAAAUUUCUUAGGAAUUUUUGGAUUUUUGAGAAUAAUUUCUAAUGGGAACUUUUUUGGAACGAAGGUAAAAUUUGCUCAAAUAAAUCCUAGAUAAAUUUUUUUUUUUAUUAUCAAAAUUACAAGAGUUCGAAAUGUGGAACUUCUAAAUUUGAGCAGAUUUGAAUUUCGGGUGAAUCUUUUUUUAUGGUAAAAAAAAAAGUUUAUUUAGAACUUUAUAUAAGCGAAUUUUGAGUGAAAAAAUAUCGUUUUUAAAACAUAUUUUUGGAAACAUAAUUUUACCCUCGUUUCGAAAAAAUUAAAAAUCCUCAAAUUUGAAUUUUUUUUAUGAACGAAAAACGUCCUGUUUUGAUACUGGAGUUAGCCGACGUUUAAUAAUUUUUCGAUUCCUUUUCAAAAUGACCAAUUAUAAAAAAAAAUUAUUUGAAAAAAUGACACCUACAGUUUUUUUAAUUUUCUAAAUGUGCAUAUUUUUUUUUUUUUUUUUAUAAUUGAUUUGUUUUAAAAACAAAUCUAAAAAUUUUUGAUCGCUUGUCAAUUUCAUUAUCUUUUUUGACUCGAAAUUCGCUCAUAUAAAAUCCCAAGUAAACAUUUUUUUUACUUUCAAAAUUACAAAAGUUCUAAUCUGUCUCAAGUUUAAAAGUUCCACUUAUGAAAUUUUUUUUGAAUCUUGGGAACGAAUUUUAUUUUACACGGGAUUAUUCCUGGUGUUAUUUGUGAUAGUAAUGCAUUGAUGUACUAAUUACUUAAUUUAGUAAUACGUAUUGAGCUAUUAAAUUAAAAUAAUAAUUAAUAUAUAAAAAAAAAAAUUUAGUUUUUAAAUUAAAUAUUUGAGUUAUAACUAUUGAUGUAUUUUAAAAUUUACACAAAAAAUUGCAAUAAUAUAUAUUAUUUUUUAAAUUAUUUAUAAGUAAUUAAUAUUCAAUAAUAAUGUAAUUUGCUUUAAUGCGUUACUUUUUAUGCACAACAGCUUAAAAAAUCAUGUGAUAUGAUGAAAAAAAAAUAAAAAUUAAAAAUUAGUGAUUGCAAUUUACAUUACCAAAUAAUAAUUAUUAUUAUUCUUAUUAAGCUCAUUAAUGAGCUGGCCUCGUAUUAGUAAUUUUAUUAUUCUUUAUAGUAUAUACAAUUCAAAUUGAUCCCAAUUGUAUAUUAAUUAAAAAAAAACACUAUAUUGUUAUUAAUAUAAAUAUAG